UGGAGCCUUUGGCGCAAUCAAAGACUUUACGGUAUCGAUGCCUCUGGAGGUUCAAUAUCACUUAUACGCACCCAUUGGCCCGCACAAUCAGAACGCACUGGCGUACCAGCGCAACGUCCACGAUCUAUUCCUCCCAAAUGACUUUAGAGAAGAGCUACAAAAGAAAGCGGCUGCCACGCUACAGACAUUACCCAAUACUCAAUUACCUGCCCAGGUGGACUACUUCCACUCCCUCGUACCUCUUGAUCUUAACCACCAGAAAAAUGCGGCCAUCUUCGGCUAUCCGAGUUGGGUCUACAAGGCACAGUCCACCAAAGACGGGAGCUAUUACGCGCUUCGGCGGUUAGAAGGUUUUCGAUUAACAAAUGAAAAGGCUAUCCGCUCUGUCCAGGCCUGGAAACGUAUAGCUAGUGGUAGUAUGGUGACAAUCCACGACGCAUUCACGAGCCGAAGUUUCCAGGACAGCUCAUUGAUUUUCGUCACUGAUUACCACCCACUCUCAAAAACGCUCGCCGAACAACAUUUGAGUGCUGGUGGCCCAAGGUUUCAAGCCCGCCACAAUGCUCACGUUCCCGAACAGAUCCUUUGGGGUUACAUUACCCAGAUUGCCAACGCUUUGAAAUGCAUACAUAGUGCUGGUUUGGCAGCAAGGAUUAUCGACCCCAGUAAAAUCUUGCUUACGGGAAGAAAUCGCAUACGGCUCAAUGCCUGUGCUAUUAUGGACGUGGUGCAGUACGAUGCUCAGAGAUCUGUCGCCGAUCUUCAGCGACAAGACCUAGUGAAUUUCGGGCAACUCAUUCUUACCUUGGGUGCCAAUCAACCGAACGUCAUACACAAUCCUUCGAAGGCCAUGGAACACUUCACUCGCGCGUACAGUCCGCAGCUCAAGAACACAGUGAUGUGGCUGCUUGGCGGAAUGCAGAAGGAUCAAGAGCGAAAUAUUGACAUAUUAAUAAACGGCAUUUCUUCACAGUUGAUGUCGACUUUUGACUCGGCUCUUCAUUUGGAUGACCAACUCACGUCAGAUUUGGGCCGGGAACUCGAGAACGGGCGUCUUGUCCGGCUUUUGACAAAACUGAAUUUCAUCAAUGAGCGCCCAGAGCAUGAACAUGACCGGCAGUGGUCUGAGAACGGGGAGCGGUUUUACCUGAAGAUAUUCCGGGAUUACGUUUUUCAUCAAGUGGACGCCUCGGGAGACCCGGUGGUUGAUCUCGGCCACGUGCUGACAUGCCUGAAUAAGUUGGAUGCCGGAACCGACGAAAGAAUCACGCUAGUCAGCCGUGACGAGCAGACUUGUUUUGUUGUCAGCUACAAAGAGCUGAAGAAGGGUCUGGAAUCAUCGUUCCAGGCAUUGUUGAGGCCUAGCCGGAGGCCUCACUAG